GCGGGGCGUGGGACGGACGCAACCACCGGGGCGGGGUGGGGAGGUAACGGGACGGGCGCGACCAUGGCUCGGUGAGGCAGCGGGGGUGGGGAUCGGUUUGGGGGAGGCCUGGGGCCGCUCGCUGGUAAGCUGUCUCCGCCACCCCCCCUUUCGCCGCCGCCGCCGCCCCGGGCAUGUCGUCCAACUGCACCAGCACCACGGCGGUGGCGGUGGCGCCGCUGAGCGCCAGCAAAACCAAGACCAAGAAGAAGCAUUUCGUGUGCCAGAAAGUGAAGCUAUUCCGGGCCAGCGAGCCGAUCCUCAGCGUCCUGAUGUGGGGGGUGAACCACACGAUCAAUGAGCUGAGCAAUGUUCCUGUCCCUGUCAUGCUAAUGCCAGAUGACUUCAAAGCCUACAGCAAGAUCAAGGUGGACAAUCAUCUCUUCAAUAAGGAGAACCUCCCCAGCCGCUUCAAGUUCAAGGAGUACUGCCCCAUGGUGUUCCGAAACCUCCGGGAGAGGUUUGGGAUUGAUGAUCAGGAUUACCAGAACUCAGUGACACGAAGUGCCCCUAUCAACAGUGACAGCCAGGGCCGGUGUGGCACACGUUUUCUUACCACCUAUGAUCGGCGUUUUGUCAUCAAGACUGUAUCAAGUGAGGAUGUGGCUGAGAUGCACAAUAUCUUAAAGAAAUACCACCAGUUCAUAGUGGAGUGUCAUGGCAACACCCUUUUGCCACAGUUCCUGGGCAUGUACCGCCUAACUGUGGAUGGUGUGGAAACCUACAUGGUGGUUACCAGGAAUGUGUUCAGCCAUCGGCUUACUGUACACCGAAAAUAUGACCUCAAGGGUUCUACUGUUGCCAGAGAAGCAAGUGACAAGGAGAAGGCCAAGGACUUGCCAACAUUCAAGGACAAUGACUUCCUCAAUGAAGGACAGAAGCUGCAUGUGGGAGAGGAAAGUAAAAAGAAUUUCCUGGAGAAACUUAAGCGGGAUGUUGAGUUCCUGGCCCAACUGAAGAUCAUGGACUACAGCCUGCUGGUAGGCAUCCACGAUGUGGACCGGGCAGAGCAGGAGGAGAUGGAAGUGGAAGAGCGGGCAGAGGAGGAGGAGUGUGAGAAUGACGGGGUGGGUGGCAGCCUGCUCUGCUCCUAUGGCACGCCUCCGGACAGCCCUGGCAACCUCCUCAGCUUCCCCCGGUUCUUCGGCCCUGGAGAGUUUGACCCUUCUGUUGAUGUCUAUGCCAUGAAAAGCCAUGAAAGUGCCCCUAAAAAGGAGGUCUAUUUCAUGGCCAUCAUCGACAUCCUCACGCCAUAUGACGCUAAGAAGAAAGCUGCACAUGCUGCCAAAACAGUGAAACAUGGGGCAGGGGCAGAGAUCUCGACUGUGAACCCGGAGCAGUACUCCAAACGCUUCAACGAGUUCAUGUCUAACAUCCUGACGUAGUAGUUAUCUCUACCUUCAGCCAGAGCCAGACUGCUGGAAUGGGGUCGGGGAGAGGGAAAGGGUGUAUUUGGGCUGGAAGGGAGGGUGGGGAGCAGAGUGGGGGGUCAAGAGGGCUUUAAUCAUGAGACUGCAGCCUGUGACAGAGUGACUUUAGCAAGGAGAAGAGCGUGUUAUGUGUGCACGUGCUCACAGGAUAUGACCUUACCUUCUGCUUGCCCUUAUUAUUUUUUUCCUCCUAUUUGACCCUGGUUAAAAGGGGUUCCAUUUUUUUGGUAUCUUUGUAACCUUUUAUGAUACCUUGGAGCUAGAGACAACUGUGGGUUUAUUUGGGUUUAUUUCUGAAAUUUGUUGCUCCAGGUUUGCUAUUUAUAAUGGUGUAUGUCAUCACCCUAGCCACCCUCCCCAUCCCAACCUAGCUCUCAGUUCCCUUCAAUUAGAGGCACCUCACAUGCCCAGCACAAGGGGCCACAAACAGAUGCUCUGAUACAAGAAGAGGUCAAAUACGUCAGUCCUGCCACAUUCUGAUCUUACCUGGAUGGACUUUUCAGUUUCCUGGAGUAUUGUGCAUAAUUCCCUCCAUGUUUCCACCUUGGAUCCAAGUGAAAUAAUGUUUGCUCCUCCAUCCUGUCCUCCCAAAGGAACACUGCAGGUCGACCCUGACAUCUUGGACCAGAGGUCUCAGAGGGGAGCAGGUUCAUCCUCAUGAGAUGGUGAGGGGCCAGGGAAUGGCUGGGCCCUCAGACAGCUGGUUCUCAAAGAACCCAGUGAUCACCACCCAAGCCACCUGCACCUCUGACCUGGAAUUCUGAUGUUCUGUCAAGCCUGCUUCCCACUGGCUCAAGGGAAACUAGAAAUCACUUUUGGAUAUAUCAGGACCCUUGUGGUUCAAUGGUUAUUUCCCUUUGGGAAAAAUCCCAGAAGCCAAUGUGUAUCAAAUGAGGUCUUGUGUGAAUCAUCCAUUUCCUUCCUCCUGACCUCCAGCUGCAGCACCUGUAGCUGGCAUAUGGCCAGGGGCAGAGCCCUAAGCACUGGGUGCUCAUUGCAGAGACACCACUCCAAGCCCCAGCCUACCAUGUAGGUGUCUGGCUCCCUGUGCCUGUUGUUUCUUACCUGGACGGUUACAGCCAGCAAGGUGCUCCACCUGAGGUUGCUUGAGUCACUUGAGGAUGUGACCCAGGAAAUCCUAUUCGGAGGCCUGAUGUGGAGCUUGACCCAUCCCCAGUCUCGGGGCUGAUUCUCCUUGUGGCCCCCCAACCCUACUUCUCUGCAGCCUACAAGGCCUCCCUGGAAGGAGUGACAUCCUGCAGCUUCCUUCAGGCUUUCGGCCCAGGCUCUCAGAAAUGAGCUACAAUUCUGAUGCCUCCAGAACAACUGGUUACUAGGAAGGAAGGUGGCCCUACAGCUUCACACUGGGGGAGGUAUAUUCCCACCUCCAACUAUACCCUAAGAAGGAAUCAGGAAUUUGGGGUGAGAUGGCAAAAUUUGUAGAUAACCCCAAAGAUGUGAAGCUGGUCUGUGGAACUAUCUGGAUGAAUAGAUGGUUUCAAAUGGCUCCCUCCAAAACUGACCGAGCCCAGCUUCAGGAGCUGGAGCUACUGCGCUGUCCUCCCCACCCAGCACUACUAGGUCAGAUGUUCUUGAUCUCUGGGGCUGCCGCCUUGGCAGGUGGGGGCAAGAUCCCUUCCCUGGCCCCAAGAAGGGCAUAGAUAGUUCCAAACUACAUGGUUCAUGGAGAAACAAUUUUAAUUUAGGAAAGGAAUUACAUAGGAAUAAUGUCUGGACUUGAUUUCCCCACCUCACAAUCAAGAGUAAAAACCUGGAUCUCUUCCCAGGCUGGCCCAUCAGCUCCCACUUGGAAGCUGCAACAGCUUUACAGCUCUGUGGCUUCUGGGCCUUUGGUCUGCUGAUCUUGUCAUGUGUGUGAAGUGUAACACAAUCUUAAUCAAAGCAAGGGCCAGGUAUCUAACUUGUUUAACAUGGACUUUUUGUGUGUUUUUUUUUUUUUUUAAAUAUUGUUUACAAUUUUGAGAGGUAGCAUUCUGUUUCAAUGCUCUUUGUUUUUCUGACAGUAUUGUUGAUUGGGUCAAAAUAUUUGAGCUGUGGUUUGGUGGAUUUUAGUUUUUUUAAAAGGUCAUCUGUGCUAUCUAUAAAACCUUGGGUUUGGCCCUCAAAUUCCUUUGACAUUCAUGUUUAAAAGCUAUUUAUCUUGGUUCAUACUAGUUUUCUUUCUUUUUUGGUGAUGACAAAGAUGUGCUAUUUGGCUUCAGUCUGAAAGUGAACUAACCACACUCUCCCCCCAUUUAUCUGUUCCUUCUUUUCUGAGUCAUGCUGUUCACUUUCUGGGCCGCAGGUGUAUUGAGGGUUAGUAAAGGCCUCUGACCUCACGCCCCAGGGCCAAGAAGAGCAGCUAACCAUCCAAAAUAAUACUGGGUCUUCCAGGAACAGAGGUAUAAGAAUAAAGACAGGGUGAGGCCUAGAUGGGGGAAAAGGGCAGAGUUUGUUCUCAUUCCCUCAUCCUGCCACUUCCUCUGUGUAGCAUCUAGUCACAGCUUCCUGGGUCCCCAUUCCCCCUGUGGAAAGUCUGAAGCUAAGAAAGUGCGUCUCACAACCAGCUGAAAUGAGGGAUGCUUUGAAAACUGCAGACAGACAUCAGGUGUCCCUAGCACAAGCCCUUCCCUGAGGCUUACAUCCAGAAAGUAGCUCUAGGAGUACAGUUCCACAGUGCUCAAUCUCUCCUUAUCUAGCUCAGGGGUUACUGGUCUGUGGCUGGUGCCAUGAGGGGCCCCUGCGGCUGUUCUCAGUGGCACUGAAGUUCCCCACAGGCAGUUCUUCCUUCCCAGCCUUCUUCCUGCUUCACUUUUCUCCACCCUGGUCUCUAGGCCUGAACAGGUCCCCUAGCAGUGCUCAAGGCACGAGACUGGACUUCUACCCUGAGACUUCCUCUCUUCACAGUGUGCCAGGCUUGCCCUGGGGAGGUGGACCAGAGACCCAGGACUUUCUCAGUAGCCAAUCCCACCCCCCAGUUGUCUUUUUUCUUUUUUUUUUUAAAAUCAAUUCAGGUUGAGAGGGAGAAAACAUUAGCUGUCUCUGACACCUGAGUUACUCAGAGUGUUGGGGGCAGAAGGGACAGUGUACUUACCCCUCAGAGUUCUGGCCUUAGACCUAUGGUUUCUUCAAGCUUAGAGACCUCACCUCUUUGCAACAGUAAUGUGGGCAUGGGGGGGGCAUCCACAAAGGGAAAAAUUUAGACACCCCAAAAUCUGCCAGCCAUGGUCCUGCCCUCUGAAAUGUGCCAGUUAGGAAGAGUGACUCCAAGGGAAAGGAGACUCAGCUGUCCCUCCACAGGAAGGAGGCUGGGGAGACAACUUCUAGAAGAGCCCUUACCUUGCUCACAGCCAUUCUGCGAGGUAGGUGCCCACAGCUUUGGGGGGAGGCAGUUUGCUCAGCACACUGCAGCAGCAGCUCAGAGCACUGAACACGUAAAAUGUGAAUGCAGUCUGGAGUCACCUUUGGGGAAACAGGAUUAAAACUACCCCCUACCACAUGUGACUUCUUCAUUUCCCACUGUAAGUUCCAUUUUUAAAAUAGGAAUUCUCAGCUUCCUGUGCUUGUCUAACGUCUGCUCUAAACAGUUCAAGACUCUGUUACUGUUUUAAAAUGCAUGCAUGUUAAAAUGAAUCUCCAACCCGAGAAAAAAUAAAACUCAAAAGCUUUGUGUA